UGGCGGAGGCAUUACGAAGGAGUUGUGCAUAUUAAAGCCUCUUAAAAGUGGUCACACCGCAGCGAUGACCUGUUUUGUUGACUUUAGCUAACAAUAGGUCUGCGUUGGAUACCCGAGCUAAGUAACCAAGACUAUUAGAAACGUUGGGAUACCUUUGGAAGAGGACCGUAAAACAUUACGACAUCCAGCUGAGCUUCCUGAACUGAAGUCAACUGCCCCAAAGCCGAGAAACACGGCGGGGAGAAGCUUUACGUUUUAGAACCUCUCUCCGGGGAAACUUUUGGCUAAUUUAAUCGGACUUUUGCAAUGUCUCUUAUUGACCAAAGCCAACAGUGGUUUCCUACGAGUGUCCAGGUAACGGUGCACCAAGCUCGGAACCUGCGAGUCAAGGGCAAGAAUGGCACCAACGACUCGUAUGCCAUCAUCCAGGUGGCCAAAGACAAGUUUUCCACCUCCGUGGCAGAGAAAUGUGUCGCUCCCGUUUGGAAGGAAGAGGCUUCCUUCGACCUGCCGCUCUUCCACCCCGGGAAUGCUGAGCGCUGUACGCUGUACAUCAUCGUGAUGCACCGUGCCCAGGUGGGGCUCGACAAGUUCCUGGGCCAAGCGGUGAUCAACUUACUGGAUCUUCAUGACAACAAGUCUCGCAAAAAGACAGAAUGGUUCAAGCUUGUGGACAAGAAUGGAAAGGAGGACAAGGUGCGAGGAGAGGUGCUCCUAGAUAUCCAGUUUAUGAGAAACAACAUGUCAGCAAGCAUGUUUGACCUUUCAAUGCAAGACAAACCGCGCUCCCGCAUCUCCAAACUGAAGGACAAAGUCCGCGGGAAGAAAAGGGACGGCUUCUCCGACUCUGCUUCAGCUAUUGUUCCCUCUGUCAGCCAGGUCCUCACAGACAGCGAAGGGGAGGCUGACGCACAGUCACUUAAUCAGACACCUGGGGCAAAAAAGAAAUCGAAGCUCAAAACCCUCUUUGCACCUAAAUCAAACCUGCAGCGCAACAUCUCACAGUCCAUGUCAACUCUGGGGACGCUUCCUGAAAAGAAUUCGUCCCUCAGUGGCAGCCGCUCGUCUGGCCUCAACGUGGACUCGCCCGAAGGUAAAAAGAAAUUCAGAUUCCUGGGACACAAGCGGACGGGCAGCUCCGACAGCAAGGUUUCUCUGGGAGGUUUCUCCCUCCUGGGCCGCUCCAAGCAGAGCAACAGUGACCUGAACAACCUCUGCAUCAAUGGCAACCACGUGUACGCUGAAGAGGCCGAGGCCAAGAGUGGAUCAACUCUCAGUUUGAACAGCUCAGGCCAAGGCUCUGUAGAGGAUGUCAGCAAACACACCUCUAAUGCCCCGGCAGAUUCAUCUGAUAAAGCUUUCCUGGAGCAACAGCACCAUCAAGAGGAGCUGAAAAGAAGAGAAGCAGAAGAAAAACGCAUUGCAGAAGCAAAGAGGCUGGAGGAAGAGGAGAAAUACAGGGCAGAGGCCAAGAGACUGCAGGAGGAAGAGCAGCUCAGGCAGCAAGAGGAACAGAAGAGGAGAAGACGCUUCCUGGAGGAUGAAGCAAAGAGGAAGGAAGAGGAAGAGCAGAAGGAGAAGAGAAAGAAGGAAGAGGAGCUGAAAGCCCUUGAAGCGGCUGAAAACCAGAGGCUUGAGCAAGAGCACAGAAGAGCAGAGGAGCAGAAGCGUCAGGAAGAGGCCUCCAUGAGCGACCGGCUCUCCUCCCUGUUUGGAAUGAUCAGGAAGAAGGAGGAGAAGAAGGAGGAGGCGCAGCACCAAAGCGCCGAGGAGAAGCGGCCCACCCCGGCCCCUCGCUCUGAGUCCAAAGGUCAACCUGCCUCCCACCUCUCCACAAACCCCUUCGAGGCCCCCCAGCCCACCAACCCGUUUGAAGACAGCUCCUGCAGCUCAGAUCAUCCAGUCGAUGACCAGAAAAACCGCCGCAACUCGCAGACCCCCUCUGCCACCGUCUUCCUGAGCCGAACUGCAAAGGUGUCGGCCGUCAAACCCAGAUUGUCUGAUAUUUCGGAGUCUGAACCCACUGACUGCCAGCCCCCCUCUCAGCUCUGUCCUCCCCCUGCCACCUCAGAGUCCACCUACCCCUGUGCUCCACCUGAGACCCCUGAUACUUUCUCCAGCCUACACUCAUUCCUAGCCCCUCCAAACAAAAGCCAAAGCCUAUCAGGCUCCCCUUGUGGCAGUACAGAUAAUUUGUCCCUUGUGGGAUCAGAAGAAUCUUCACCCACCAUGGCUGAUCAGAAGAGAAGAAUUCUCCUACCUCCCUCAUACAGUCUGAAUGGGACCAAGACUGAUGGAAAUCCGGUUCCGGUUAGGGAGAUAAAUAAUCCUGCAUAUGUAGAGAUGGACGGAUCGCAACAAGAGAGAAAACUGUCUCUGCCGCUGCCUGAUUAUGAAACAUUGUAUCCCCAAAAGAGACAUGGAGUGCAAGCUCACAGCCGGUGGGAACACAUAAUCGCAGAGGUCAAUCAGAGACACAGAGACACUCCACCUGAGCUCCUGGGUCCAGAGAUGAGCGUGGAUGGCCCAGAAGAACCAGCGCCACCUCCUCAACCGUCCACAAAGAAGGAUAGCCCUGCUGUUCAGGACACUAGACCUGUGUCAUCCAAAAAAGUAGCUGCCCCAGCUCCCCCGAAAGCAGCGCCCUCUCCACACCCUCGAUCGGCUGUAGAUUCCAGUCAGGGCAGUCAGAAGGUGGCUCCACGUUCUCUGAUGAAGCCAAGUCCAUCUGCAGUGCCAUCUUCUGCAAAACCUGACAUGUCAAACAGGGAGAUGUCCAGAGAUGGCGGAAGGACGGCGCUCCACCCUACAUCUGACCCGCCUACUCAAAGGCAGUCCAGCCAAACAGCUUUUGAGAAGGUGCAAGGCUCCCUGACCAUAGAAGCACCCACAGCCAAACCCAGGCAAAAGGUCAAAGAGCCCAAACAGCAAGAGGAUCCUGCUCUGAACGGUUACAUCCAAACCCCCUCCAGCUCCAACGUGAGCUGGCGGGACAAAAAGGCGGGAGAAGAGGAGGAUUCUGCAGGUUUGGAUCCAGUUCCCCUCGCAGACCCGUGGGCACAGGCAGAGCAGAGCCACAAAACAGACAACCUCUUUACCAGCAGGGUGCCAAAAGAGCCCAAACCCGAGGAGACCGGAAUGACGGCAGACGAUUUUGAUCAAAUCUUUAAUCAGGAAAAGUUUGCUGAUCCCUUUGCUGAUAUCAGUGGCUGGGAUUCCGCCCAACAGAGUGACAACUGGAAAAAGGAGGACGGCUCCAAACAAGCCAGUCCUGCUUUUCACAGGAAGAAUUCACAGAAAGGAAGAAAGAGCGUUCCGUCCUCGGCUCGCUCAGAUAAUAAGACUUUCAAGUCUCAGCAAGAAGCAGCAUUUAAAGAGGGAACCACCUCAGUCGCAGCAGUUCAAGGUCCCUUUGCAAAAGUUGUCGCCAAGGCAGCCGACACUCGUCCUCCCGCUGAUGUGAGAACACAAAGAAGUCUCUAUGGUGGAGAGGAUUCAUUCAGAGCCGAACCUCCUCGUUCUCCAGUGUCCUCAGAGCCUCUUCAGGCAGUUAUGGAGGAACCAUCACAGACAGGAAACCUGCCUGGGGGGAAGACCCUUUUGAGAGCGUGGGUGUCCCCCUCUGAAGCUCAGCCUGUCAGUGCCCAGAGUAGUAACGGGGCUGGACUGGCCUCAACGCCACGCAGGUGAGAUUGAAAGGCCUACCUUCAAAGUCUGCCUCUGUCGACUUUUACACUGGGGCCAGAUGAUUUGUCGGUGCUCAUCUUGGGUCAUUUUGGUCACACUGGGCUGUUGGCAUCUUCCCUGACAUCUGGAUAUAAUCAUGUACAAUCAGAAAUUUGGGGAAUGAAAUCAGUUUUAGGGUCCAUAUCAUGCUCAAUGACGAGAGAUCAUUUAAUUUUCAACACCAAACAGGUUCCUUACAUGUUGGUGUUGUCCCUCCGCUCACUUUAUGCCUGAAAUGCUUCGUUUUAGCUCCUGUUUAAAAAGCACUCCCCUCCAAGACGGCGGACUGUGAGACAACAGCUCCUUUUUCUGUUUGAGACCGGCUGAACGAGCAAAAGUCAGCAAACGUGUCAGUUAGAUGUUGUUGUGCACUGAAAAGAGCUGGACUGAAACUGAGGCAUGUCAGGCAGGUUAGGAGUCUUCUGAAGGCAGAAGGGAACCCUCGUGGUGUGGAAUUUGGGCUGUUACCUCUUCGCCUGGGGCUCUCAGUAUUCUUACUUUUAUUUUCUGUCGUUCUGUUCCUGUUGAUCCUUCCUACCUGCACUGAAACAUUAUGUUAACUCAUUUCAGGCCUCAUCCUGUGAAGCCCAU